AUGCCUCCGGCGCAGAGAAGAGAGAGGUGCGGCCCCCUCCCAGUCUCAACAGCCUUUGUUCCGACGAACAAGAAACUAACAUCCCACCAGGAACUCGAUACCUCAACAGCCAUUUUGAAGAAAAAGAAGAAGCCAAACUCACUGAUUGUAACGGAUGCCACCAACGAUGACAACUCCAUCAUUGCUCUUUCGAACAACACCAUGGAGACGCUACAGCUCUUCAGAGGUGACACGGUGCUUGUCAAAGGAAAGAAGCGCAAAGACACCGUCUUGAUCGUGUUGGCCGAUGAUGAUCUCGACGAUGGAAGCGCACGCAUCAACCGUGUCGUUCGCCACAACCUGAGAGUCAAGCAUGGCGAUAUCAUUACCGUCCAUCCCUGCCCUGACAUCAAAUACGCCAAGCGUAUAGCAGUCCUCCCAAUCGCCGACACUGUUGAGGGUUUGACCGGUUCUCUCUUCGAUGUCUUCCUUGCCCCGUACUUCCGCGAAGCCUACAGACCUGUUCGACAAGGCGAUCUCUUCACAGUCCGAGCUAGUAUGCGACAAGUGGAGUUCAAGGUGGUCGAGGUAGAUCCUCCCGAGUAUGGCAUUGUUGCGCAAGAUACAGUCAUCCAUUGCGAAGGUGAACCUAUUCAACGUGAGGAUGAAGAAGGAAACCUCAACGAGGUCGGAUACGACGACAUCGGCGGCUGCCGAAAACAGAUGGCACAAAUUCGUGAAUUGGUCGAGUUGCCUCUCCGGCAUCCUCAACUGUUCAAGUCGAUCGGUAUCAAGCCUCCCCGAGGUAUUCUCAUGUACGGCCCUCCGGGUACCGGUAAGACUCUGAUGGCACGAGCUGUCGCCAACGAGACGGGAGCUUUCUUCUUCCUGAUCAAUGGCCCUGAGAUUAUGUCCAAGAUGGCUGGUGAAUCAGAGUCCAAUCUGCGAAAAGCAUUCGAGGAAGCCGAGAAGAACUCCCCUGCCAUCAUCUUCAUCGAUGAAAUUGACUCUAUUGCUCCCAAGCGAGAGAAGACCAACGGCGAGGUCGAGCGACGUGUGGUGUCACAACUCCUCACUCUGAUGGACGGCAUGAAAGCUCGUUCCAACGUUGUCGUCAUGGCCGCCACCAAUCGUCCAAACUCUAUCGACCCUGCUCUCCGACGUUUUGGUCGUUUCGACCGUGAAGUCGACAUCGGUAUUCCAGAUCCCACCGGUCGUCUUGAGAUUCUUCAAAUCCACACCAAGAACAUGAAACUUGCGGAGGAUGUCGACCUCGAGUCCAUUGCGGCAGAGACUCACGGCUAUGUCGGUUCUGAUAUCGCAUCGCUCUGCUCGGAAGCUGCCAUGCAGCAAAUUCGUGAGAAGAUGGAUCUGAUCGACUUGGAUGAAGACACCAUUGAUGCCGAAGUCUUGGAUUCCCUUGGUGUAACCAUGGAAAACUUCCGAUUUGCUCUCGGUGUUUCCAACCCGUCUGCUCUUCGCGAAGUUGCAGUGGUCGAAGUCCCCAACGUUCGCUGGGACGACAUCGGUGGUCUCGAGAAUGUCAAGCGCGAACUUAUCGAGUCCGUGCAAUACCCAGUCGAUCAUCCCGAGAAAUUCCUCAAGUUCGGUCUUUCACCAUCUCGCGGUGUUUUGUUCUAUGGCCCACCAGGUACUGGUAAGACGAUGCUUGCCAAAGCCGUUGCCAACGAAUGUGCGGCAAACUUCAUCUCCGUCAAGGGUCCUGAACUGUUGAGUAUGUGGUUUGGUGAAUCUGAGAGCAACAUUCGCGACAUUUUCGACAAAGCCCGAGCAGCCGCGCCUUGCGUCGUCUUCCUUGACGAACUUGAUUCAAUCGCCAAGUCUCGUGGUGGCUCCGUUGGUGAUGCUGGUGGCGCAUCUGACCGUGUGGUCAACCAACUUCUCACCGAAAUGGACGGCAUGACAUCCAAGAAGAAUGUUUUCGUCAUUGGUGCGACUAACAGACCGGAGCAACUUGAUAACGCUCUGUGCCGACCCGGUCGUCUUGAUACCCUGGUCUACGUUCCCCUCCCAGACGAAGCAUCUCGUGCCUCCAUCCUCAGAGCACAACUCCGCAAGACUCCCGUGGCUCCUGAUGUGGACAUCGACUACAUUGCCAGCAAGACUCACGGAUUCUCUGGUGCCGAUUUGGGCUUUAUAACCCAGAGAGCAGUCAAAUUGGCCAUCAAGCAAUCAAUCGCCGCCGAAAUUGAACAGCAGAAGGAACGUGAGGCCGCUGGAGAGGACGCCAUGGAAGAUGAUAUUGAGGACCCAGUUCCCGAACUGACCAAGGCUCAUUUCGAAGAGGCCAUGCAGGCUGCUCGACGAUCAGUCAGCGAUGUCGAAAUCCGCCGUUACGAAGCCUUUGCACAAGCCAUGAAACAAAGUGGUGGCAGUGCUUUCUUCAAGUUCCCAUCCGCAGGAGAAUCUGCAAAUGCUGCCAAUGGCAAUGGCUUUGGUGAUGCUGGCAACGACGACAGCUUGUACGACUAA